UCUAAUCCCCGCAGACCCCCGGCGUGUUGAGGAUGCUCGGGGGGGCCCCGCGAACCCCGCAACAGCCCAGGGGCUCCGGGAGUUGAACCGCGGGGUCCCCGCGCCGCUGUCGCCCCCCGCCCCUCCCCCCCUCCAAGAUGUCCUAUUUCACCGAGAACUUCUGGGGCGAAAAGAACCACGGCUUUGACGUCCUCUACCACAACAUGAAACACGGGCAGAUCUCCACCAAGGAGCUCGCUGACUUCGUCCGYGAGAGGGCUGCCAUCGAGGAGAACUACGCCAAGGCCAUGGUGAAGCUGUCGAAGAUGGCCACCAACGGGACCCAGCUGGGGACUUUCGCCCCUCUCUGGGAGGUUUUCCGCAUCUCCUCGGACAAGCUGGCCCUGUGCCACCUGGAGCUGAUGAAGAAGCUGCACGACCUCAUCAAGGAGAUCUCGCGCUACGGCGAGGAGCAGGGCCGCGUGCACAAGAAGUCCAAGGAGGAGGUGGCAGGGACGUUGGAGGCCGUGCAGCUGCUGCACGGGGUGGCCCAGCUGCUGCCCAAGUCCAAGGAGAGCUACCACAGCAAGUGCCAGGAGUACGAGCGGCUGCGCAAGGAGGGCACCAGCCAGAAGGACAUCGACAAGGCGGAGCUCAAGUCGCGGAAGGCGGGCGAGGCGCUGCGGAGGGCGGUGGAUAAAUACAACGCUGCCCGCGCCGACUUCGAGCAGCGCAUGAUGGACUCGGCCAUGCGAUUCCAGGAGGUGGAAGAAGCCCACCUGCGGCACAUGAAGGGGCUCAUCGGCUCCUACUCGCACUCCGUGGAGGACACGCACGUCCAGAUYGGCCAGGUCCAUGAGGAAUUCAAGCAAAACGUGGAGAACAUCGGCACGGAGAUGCUGCUGCGGAGGUUUGCCGAGAGCAAGGGGACGGGGAAGGAGCGGCCAGGAGCGCUGGAUUUCGACGAGUACCGCCUGGCUCCAGCGCAGGAAGGACCCAAGAGGAGCCGCAGCAAAGCGUUCCGGAUCCCGGGCCUGAGCCGCAGGGAGCGCGAGCGCGACGCUGUGGAAUCUCCGGACACCGACCCGGGCUGCCCCGAGGUGGACGAGGACGGAUUCACCGUGCGCCCGGACACAGCCCACAGCGAGGUGGAGAAUCCCGGGUGUUCCUCCAGCGAUUCCGACUACGACGAGGACGAGCCCCGUAAAUUUUACGUCCACAUCAAACCCGUGCAGCCGCGGGACGCGCCCGGCAGCGCCGAGGCCACCGUGGAGCAGCUCAAGGCCACCGUGGGAAAUCUGAUCCUGGCCCCCGGUGUUGGGGGCACCGUCAGGAGGCAGGCGUCCCGACACGCGGCGUCCCUGACCCCGGCCUCGAGUGACACCGACCCCGAGGGGACACUGGCAGCGGGUGACAGUGCGGGGAGGGGACUCCCGGUGGCACCGGUGAACAGCGUCCCCUCCAAGCCCCCCCAGGACCCGCUGCCCUCKGCCGCUCUUUUCGGUCCCCCCCUGGAGUCGGCGUUCGAAGCCGAGGAUUUCCCGGCCCCCCGCUCCUACGUCCUCACCUCGUCCUCGUCGCCCUUCUCCUCCUCGUCCCCGGAGAACGUGGAGGACUCGGGGCUGGACUCGCCCUCUCACCCCGCGCCCGGACCCUCCCCGGAUUCCCGACCCUGGACCCCACAGAGCCCCGGCCCCAAACCGGACCCUCCCGGACCCCCCCGACCCCGCAGCCCCUCGGGCCGCCUCCCGGAGCCCCCCAAUUUCGCCGUUUUCAGCGGUCCCGGCGCCGAGGGGCUCUGGGGGGACGGGGGUGCCGCUCCCCGGGGUCGCAGCCGCUGCCUCAGCGGUCCCGGCCCGCGAGAAGCCCCCUCCCCCGAUCCUUUUGGGGACCCCUCRGCCUGGGUCCGACCCCGCAGCCCCGCGGGGGAGCCGCCGCCCCCGACCCGUCCUUCCUCCAAUUCGGCCUCAUCGUCGUCAUCCUCGCCCGCGCCCCCGAGCGGGGGGGAGUCCUGCAGCCCCUCCCCAUGGAGCUGCCAAGGAGGGGGGGCGAGGCUGAGCGAGGGGGGCACGGCCGGGACCCCCCCAUUGCAGUCGGAGCCGG